AUGAUAUUUCAAAACUACUGGGAUAUGAGGGACUUGGAACGGCAGCGAGAAUAUGUUAUGCGACAUAUUUCCGUUAUCAAACCGAGGUACUCGUACAAAGUACACAACAGUAAUCGAGGAAAUAAUUUUGCUUUUUAUCUUUCAAUAGGGGAUAAUAAACUUCGAGUUUGUAAAACUUAUUUCAAAGCCACUCUUGAUAUUAACGACAGGGUUAUUAAGACUGUUAACGAUAAAACGUCAGAUAUGGCUAUUUUAGAGCCAGAUCGUCGAGGCAAAGAUAGCAUAAGAAAACACUUAGAUUCUAUCCCGAAAGUUGAUAGUCAUUACUACAGAGCAGACACCAAGCGAACAUACAUUGAAGGCGGCAAGACUAUAGCUGAUUUAUAUAGAGACUAUGUUGCUGAAUGUAAAAGUAAAGGUUUACCUUUGGAUAAUACGAAGUGCGAAGAAGACUGGUACCCCUAUAAAGUAUAUGAACAGACCCAUGCCGAUUUUUAUGAUGUCAAAAGUUUAGCAACUGCUAUGGGUAAGAAUUUUUCUAAAAAUGCAAACAAGCAAUCAGUAAAACUUACUGAUAUAAACAUUUUAAAAGUUGAUCCAGACGACACUCAAAAUUAUGCCUUCUACUACAAAACAUCAUACGAAGAGCAACAUUUUAAUAAAGUUAAUGUUGAUAAGAUAGGGAGAACAAGAAACACACAAAAUAAUAAUAUAGUUUUGAUACAAAUAUACAAAAAUAAUAUGGAAGUAUGUGAAAAGAAGAAACGAGGAUUAUUAGGUUUACUACAAAAUAAUACAAUUCCAAAAUGUUACUCAUUAUUCUAUGAGAAUCUUUAG